AUGUUAAACCAAAUUUCACCAAACUCUCGUUAUGUUAAUAAAACAAGAAUAUUGUUUAUAACAACUUUAAUUUCAAUUUCCUUUUUUUUAUAUCUACUUAAUGGAAUAAUAAAUAAUAGUAAUACGAAUAGUCAUAAUAUCUUUUAUGUCAAAGAUUCUAUAAAGACUAAUUUUAGAUCAGGUAAUUUAAAUAAAGGCCUUUCACAUGCCUUGGAUGCUAUUAAUAUUAGACCUUUACAAGAGGGUAAUUACUCACCUUUAGAUUUCAUACCAGAUUAUGAUAAAAUGGUUAAUUUUAAAAAAAAUACAAGUUGGAAUCCAAUGAAAAAAUUUUCUAUGCUAGAAUUUCAUGAUUUAAAUUUACAAGAUAGAUGCAGCUUUUAUUUCCGUCAAUUAUACUCAAUGAACAAUAAAUGGUCGAAUGAUUAUCAUAAAUUAACAUUUGAUAUAGACGAUAUUCAUAUUGACUUAAAAGAAGAAAAACUAGGUUCCAUCUUAGGUGAUGAAGAAUUAAUAAGAAUGCACCGUAAAAAAAAUGACGUAAAAUUAGCUUUGCAAAGAUUAAGAAUUUAUGAUAGAUGCUUUAUUCAAAAUGAUAAUGUUGAUAUUAGUAAGAUAUUUGAAGAUACGACAGGAUCUACAAUGAAAGAUGUUUUAGAUUUAUCGUCUUCUUCUAAAAAAAGAGAUUUAAACGUUAGAAGUACUCUUUUAAAAGACACUUAUAAAGAAUAUAAUCAAUGGGAUUUAGAACAUAGGAUGUUCCCCUAUAUAAAAUAUUUUGAAGAGUCAAACGCUUCAGAUAUUAUACCAAGAAUUAGAUAUGGUGGAGAAUUGUUACCAAAAGGUCAAAUACCCAUUUUAACUGAUGAAACAAGAUUAAAGGCUAAAUAUUCUUAUUUUCAAUAUGAUAAGACAAAAUCAUUUUGGAUGAAUUGGAAUAGAAUUUCAGGUAACGUGGCUCAUCGUGGUGUUAUAUUAAGCUUUGGUGAUAAACAUUUGAAAUGGGCGUUAAAAUUAAUUAUGGCUUUAAGAUAUAGACAAAAUACUUUACCAAUUCAAAUUAUUAUUACAAAGAAUGAUCUUUCCAAAAAUAGUAUGGAAAAAAUACUGUUCGCUGCACAAUCAGAUGAAGUACAAAUUAAAGAUAAAAAAGGUAAUGUAAUGAAAGAUGUUUUUACAAAACAAGAAAUUAUAUUUGUAGAUGUUACUAAUAUUAUUGAUCCUGAGUUCUUUGAUAAUUUUACUGGAUGGAAAAGUAAAUGGUUAGCUUCAAUUUUUAAUUUGUUUGAAGAAUAUAUUUUCUUAGAUGCUGAUGCAAUUUCUUAUGUUGAUUUAAACCAUUAUUUUAAUACAAAGGAAUAUAACGAAACUGGCACUAUUUUCUUUAGGGAUAGAAUGCUAGAGCAUUAUUUACCAAGAACAUGUAAUGCUCUUUUGGAGUCUGUACAUCCAAUGUUACCAGAAAGUAAAUAUUUUGAUAAUCAUAAAUAUAUUGAUGAAGAACACGUUUUAAAUGAAUGUGAGCAAUAUUUGGAUCCAAACGAAAAAAUUUAUAAACAAUUUUUUGCUGAUAAUUUACUUCAUCAAAUGGAAUCAGGUCUCUAUGCUAUUGAUAAGACAAGUCAUAUUAUCCCUCUAAUAAUGGGGAUGACUUUACAUAUGCUACCUAUAGAAAAAUGUAGUUAUGGUGAUAAGGAAUUUUUUUGGUUAGGAUUUUUAGCAUCAGGUCAUCCUUACGCAUUCCAUCCAAUAAAUGCAGGGACUUUUGGUAUUUAUCAAGAAAAGAAAGUACCAUAUCCAGAAAUAAAGGCUGAAGUGUGUUCUGCACAAAUAGUUCAUUUAGAUGUGGAUCACAAAAUGUUAUGGACAAAUGGUGGUGCUUCUAUUUGUAAAAAAGAUGGCUGUGUGCAAGAUGAUUGGAAAAAUGAUAAAAUUGAAUGGCCAAAAAAUUUAGCAAAAUCUGAAGAAGAAUUACAAGAAGUUUAUGAUGGACCAAUUGACCCCAAGUUUGCAGUAAUAUCUUGGAGUGCUAUUGAUGCAUGGGGUAGACAAAAUAAGGCUUGCCAAGGCUAUAUUUGGUGUGCUCGUUAUGAAAAGAUUUUAAGAGAGUUUAGUAAUCAAGAAAUGAUUGAAAGAGGUACUCUAGUAGAAUUGAAAGGUGAAGAAUAUAAGAUUUGUAAGAGCACCAAUGAAGUUUGGAGUUAUUUCAAAAUAGAAGAUGCAGGAUCAAUGCCAAUAAAAGGUGAGAUAUAUUAA